AUGCCUCCAAGGAAGAAAUGGCCGUUGAAGCUUUAUCUAUCAGCCGCGGAAGAAUCAAUUGGUAGUUUGCUUGCUCAGAAUAAUGAACUAGGGAAGGAACAGGCUGUUUAUUAUUUAAGCAAAGUACUAACUGAUGUUGAAUGCAGAUAUUCUUCAAUUGAGAAGCUUUGUUUAUCUUUGUAUUAUUCAGCCAUGAAAUUAAGAAUAUAUAUGCGGCCGGUUGAUGUUUACAUUCUGUGUCAAACUAACGUGACUAAAUAUAUGCUAUCAAGGCCAUUGAUCACUGGCCGAAUAGGUAAGUGGGCAUUGGCCUUGAUGGAAUUUAAUUUUAUUUUUGUUCCACAAAAAUCAUUUAAAGGAAGGGUUCUGGCUGAUUUCUUGGCCGAUCAUCUUUCAACUAAAAUUGAUCCACAGGUAUUUGAUGAAUUGGAGUCAUCAGCCAUAUUCCUAACUCCUUGGAUAUUGAUGUUUGAUGGAUCAAGCACGGCCGAUGGAGCAGGGGCAGGUAUUGUUAUCAUUUCACCAGCCGAAAGAAAGACUUCAUUUUCAUUCUUUUUAGAUUUUAAAUGUUCAAAUAAUCAGGCCGAAUAUGAAGCACUUAUAAUCAGCUUGGAAAUUCUAAUUGAAAUGGUUGUUGGGGAUGUUAAGAUUUUAGGAGAUUCAAACUUGGUACUAAGUCAAAUUACUGAAGAUUUCAAAUGUUUAAGUUGGCAAUUAAGGCCGUUUCAUUCUCUGGCCACUUCAUUGUUGAAUCAAUUUAAUACUGUUCAACUUAAGUUUUGGCUGAGAGGACAGAAUAAAGAGGCUAAUAACAUGGCCCAAGCAGCAUCUGGAAUUAGAAUACCAAUUGGAAUGGAGGAACAGUUGAUAAAAAUCACACGAAGAUCAUUACCUUCGGCUGAAUUAAGAAAUACUAUGUUAGCCGACUCCUGGGUAAUUGAUAUAGAAGAUCAGGCCGAUGAUGAUUGGAGGAUACCAUUCAUAAUGUUUCUCCGAAAUCCAAACAUCAAGGCUGAUAGAAGUAUCAAGAGAAGAGCAAUCAAUUUUCUACUUCUUGAUGGGGAUUUAUAUAGAAAAGGGCUUGAGGAUGGACUUUUACUACAAUGCAUAAGUAAAGAAGAGUCAUUUCAGGUUAUGGCUGAGGUACAUGAAGGCAACUGUGGAGCCCACCAAGCUUGGAUAAAGAUGAGAUGGCUGAUUCGAAGGUAUGGAUAUUAUUGGCCAAGGAUGAGAAAGGAUUGCAUAGAUUAUGCAAAAAGGUGUCAGGCCUGUCAAACACAUGGGCCGAUUCAAAAUGUACCAGCAAAAGAAUUACAGAUAAUAGUCAAAUUAUGGCCGUUUAGAGGUUGGGGCCUUAACCUUAUAGGUAAAGUCAAUCCACCAUCAAGUGAAGGCCAUCACUGGGUGAUUGUUGCUAUAGAUUACUUUACUAAAUGGGUUGAGGCUAAAGCUUGCAAAACAAUUGAUCUACAAACAGUGAUUAACUUCAUGGAACAACAUAUUGUCCAUAGAUUUGGAAUUCCAGAAAAAUUUAUUUCAGACAAUGCAACAGUGUUUAGGGCAGUUGAUGUACUACAAUUCGGCCAUAAUAUGAACAUUCAUAUGUCAGCCUCUACACCAUACUAUGCCCAAGCAAAUGGUCAGGCCGAGUCCUCAAACAAAAUUUUGAUAGAGAUCAUUGAAAAAAUGAUCAAAGAUAAACCAAGAAGAUGA